GAUCGCCGUGGUGGAAAGUUGGAAGUGAUUUCCCGCAGGAGGAGCUCCGCCCGUUGCAUGUCAUCGCUCUGAGGCCCCGCAAACAUGCUGUCUCUCAUAUCGCGCACUUUAUUAUCUAGAUCGGUAACGACCGGUCAGAAGGCCCUGCUGUUGGAGUCCCUCAAGCACCCGAACGCGGACGAUCAACAAACGAGGACAUUCGUCGGAGACGUCAUCUCCCCGGGCCAGCUGAUGGGCAUCGAACAUCUCAGAGACCCCCGCUUGAACAAAGGUUUGGGCUUCACGUUGGAGGAGCGCCAAGCGUUGGGCAUCCACGGCCUCCAGCCGGCCCGCUUCAAAACGCAAGAGCAACAGUUAGAGCUCUGCCGCAUGUCGAUCGAGCGCUACCAGGAGGACCUCAACAAAUACAUCUACCUCACCGAGUUGCAGGACCGCAACGAGAAACUGUUCUUUCGGCUGCUGUCGGAGAACAUCGAACGGUUCAUGCCGAUCGUGUACACGCCCACCGUCGGGCUGGCCUGCCAGAAAUUCGGGCUGAUCUAUCGCAGGCCGCGCGGCCUCUUCAUCACCAUCAACGACAUCGGGCACGUCUACGACGUGAUCAAAAACUGGCCGGAGCCCAACGUCAAGGCCAUCGUGGUGACCGACGGCGAGAGGAUCUUGGGCUUGGGCGAUUUGGGCGCCUGCGGCAUGGGCAUACCCGUCGGGAAGUUGGCUUUGUAUACGGCUUUGGCCGGUAUCAAACCGCACGAGUGUCUGCCCAUCGUGUUGGACGUUGGAACUAAUAAUCAAAACCUCCUCGAAGAUCCCCUCUACGUGGGCCUCCGCCAAAAACGUUGCACCGGCAAGCUCUACGACGACUUCGUCGACGAAUUCAUGGAGGCGGUGGUGACGCGCUACGGCCAAAACACCCUCAUACAAUUCGAGGAUUUCGGCAACCACAACGCCUUCCGUUUUCUCGACAAGUACCGCGGCGAGUACUGCACGUUCAACGACGACAUCCAGGGCACCGCCAGCGUGGCCGUCUCCGGCCUGUUGGCCUCGAAGCGAUUGACCAAUAAGAAAUUGAGCGACAACAAGUUCCUGUUUUUGGGGGCCGGCGAGGCGGCCAUCGGCAUCGCCGAUUUGACGGUGAAAGCGUUGGAGAACGAGGGGCUGUCGUUGGAGGAGGCGCGCGAUCGCAUCUGGAUGGUCGACAUCGACGGGCUGUUGGCCGUCGAUCGGCCCGAAGGCAAUCUCGAAGGGCACAAGAAGUUCUACGCCAAGAAUCACGCGCCCAUCAAGAAUUUCGCGGCGAUCGUCAACGAGAUCAAACCGUCCGUGUUGAUCGGAGCCUCCGCGGCUGCCGGAGCGUUUACGCCCGAAGUGCUCAAAUCGAUGGCCCAAUUCAACGAGAGGCCGAUCGUUUUCGCGCUGAGUAACCCCACCAGCAAGGCCGAAUGUACCGCAGAACAAGCCUACACACACACAGAAGGCAAGGUGAUAUUCGCGAGCGGUUCCCCGUUCGGUAAAGUGGAGUACGGAGGGAAUACUUUCUAUCCGGGCCAAGGAAAUAACGCUUACAUAUUCCCCGGCGUGGCUUUGGGCGUUUUAUUGGCCGGCAUUCAUCACAUUAACGAGCAAAUAUUCCUGAUCGCGUCGGAAACCAUCGCGGAGAACGUGUCGGAGGAGGAUUUGAAAAAGGGCAGUUUGUACCCGCCGAUUUCGGCCAUCGUGGAAUGCUCCAAGCAGAUAGCCGUGAAGAUAUUGAAUUACGCUUACGACGAACGUAUCGCUUCGGUGUAUCCGAAACCGAAGGAUAUGAGAAAGUACAUUGAAAGCCAUCAGUUUAAUUACAAUUACGAGCCGUCGUUGCCGCAAAGUUGGCCUUGGCCGAAUCCGCCUUACAUCAAAACGAGACCGAUGGAGCCCGUCAAGUUGAAAGCGUAAUGUGCUUUUUGUUUUUCUGAAUAUAGAAUUAGAUAAAUUAUUAACGUUGUUUAACGAUUUUCUUUUUUUCUCGGUUUUUUUUUAUUGUAUAAAUUUGUUGUUUAAUUUUUAUUUAUUGUAUAGCGAUGUAAAUACGGAGUAUCCCGGUAUUAAAAACGAAUGGGAUUCGUGUGAAUUCCCCGAAUCAAAUUCAAGUUAUUAGGUUUGUUCUAAAUGAAGUUGUAACAAACUGAUUGUUUGUAAAGUAUUAAAUUUGUAUUAUUUUUUUGUUUUGUUUAACCAAUAGUUAAUCAAUCUAGUCUAAUGAUAAAUUUAAUUAAUCAUCGAGAUGUCUGUAAGACAUGAUAAUUGAACAAUUUUUAAUUAAUUGUGAUAGUGCGCUCCAAAAAAAAUUACAUUAUUAUUAAUUUCCAAAAUUUGUAAUUGCGUAUAUCAAAUUGAUCGUAUGGCAAUACGAAUUAAUCCGCGUACUAGUUAUUAAGUAUUGAAUUGUUAAUUUUUAAAUAUUUUUAUUACUAUAUAAACGGUGAAAUAAUAAUGUGUGUGCAAUUGAAUAAAAUAAUUGACCGAUGUAAUAAACCUAUAUAAUGUUGGAUUACAAAUUA